UAGCAAACGCCCUCAUUUUGUUACCAAACAGAAAAACGAAACGUCAUCGUAGGAAAUCCAGAUUGAACAUUUUAUUGUCAUAUACUAUAGGGCGUUUCGAUGGCAGAGGACGAAAGUGUCUUUCUGAGGGCGAAGGAUCGGAGUUAUAAGGGACUGACUGAAGAUGAACAGAAGGAGUGGAGGGGGCCUUUUUAUUUUAUCCAGGCUGCAGACCCUCAGCUGGGUCUGAUGAAGGCGUGGAGGAUUGGUGACUGUGAUUCAGGAGGCGAUGAGUGGACUGAGGAGGUCCAGCUCACAAAGCAGGCAGUCCAGGCCGUCAAUAAACUACAGCCCAGACCUCGCUUUAUGGUCCUGUGUGGAGACCUGGUCCACGCUAUGCCUGGAAAUGCGUUCAGAGAAGAACAGGUUAAGGACCUCAAAGAAGCACUGAGAGGCACUGACCCCGACAUUCCUCUUGUGUUCGUCAGCGGCAACCACGACCUUGGCAACACACCCACUCCGGACACCGUGGAGCAGUUCUGCCGUGACUGGGGCGAUGAUUACUUCAGUUUUCGGGUGGGUGGGGUGUUGUGUUUGGUGUUGAACUCUCAGUUCUUCUUCGACUCAUCAGGCUGCCCUGAGUUAAUGGAGGCCCAUGAGGUCUGGCUGGAGAGCCAGCUGCAGAGAGCCAUCCAGAACCCCUACCGCCACGUGCUUGUCUUCCAGCACAUUCCGCUCUUCCUCCGUACUCCCGACGAAGAGGAUGACUACUUCAACCUGCAGAGGGGAAUCAGAGAGCGCUUGAUCCAGAGAUUCAAACAGGCAGGGGUGAAAGCUGUGUUCUCUGGUCACUACCACAGAAAUGCAGGAGGAUGCCAUGAUGGGCUGGAUAUGGUGGUGAGCUCAGCAGUGGGUUGUCAGUUGGGGAAUGACACUCACGGUGUGCGAGUGGUGGUAGUUACUGAAGAUGAUAUCAUCCAUCGCUACCAUAGUCUGGAUCAAUUAACCAAAAGAGGAAUGGAUGAAGACCUGAAGAAAUUGUUGGUUUGAAACCACCUCCAGUUAAAUAAUCAUGCAGUCAUGUCUUUAUCUUCAACAUUCAUUAUAGAAACUGAGCCGUUAUUUGUACAUUUAGAGAUUUCAGGUUUUUUUUUGUGUUUUUUCACAGGGACGAACGUUCUUGCGUUCUGUAUACAUUAGCAAUACAUUAGCCACUUUUGAUCUUUGAUACUCACAUCAUCUGUCUCCACACUUUAAUCAUGCAAAUGCGUCUGAGAAUUCAUUUAAAUCACCUCAUCAUACUAAUGGAGUGAGGAAAUGCUAGGGUACAAUGGUAGUUUAAUAGUGCUGAACAUUUUGGAUGACAGUUUGAUGAGUUCACUCUUUGCUCCUCUCUGCUCAUUACUCUGUUCCAUCUCUGGGAGGAGGGAAGAGGGGAUCUCCAUGGUAACUAUUGAAAGACAUGGCUGCGUUGACCGGGACAUCGAGUCACUUGUACUGUGGGUGGAUCACCGAAAACAUAAUUGCUGACCUCACCUCACACUUGGACGGAUGCAACCGAGUGUGACUGAACAACUUAAACGGCAGACGUACAGCAAUAAAUACAUUUUAAAUGACCAA